AUGGACGCCGGCCUGGUCAAGGGUCGAGUCCAAGCUCCUGACCUUUCUAAUAUUUCCCCGGGUCUUCCCCGGGAGUCGAGGGUCUCCGGGCAUCUUCUUCCCACUGCUCUCCUCUCUGGGGCCCUUGAUUGCAAAACGUUCGCAAAGGUCCCAUGUCGCUUACCUCCUCCUGGCUGCGACACUUCCCCCGAUCGUUGCAUACCUUCAGACGCUGUGUCCAAUGCCUCUGGACUACACGAUUCUGACAGCUGCAUUAAAUGCCAAAGUGAUGAAUGGCCUAAUGAGAAGAGAGACCGAUGCCGGCCCAAAGUAGUGGAAUUCAUCUCUUACCAGAACGACACCAUUGCUUCUGUCUUCUCCUGUGUCUCGGUCUUCGGAUGUCUUGUGACCGGCUUCAUAUUUGGAAUAUUCAUUUCCCAUCGAGACACUCCUAUUGUUAAAGCCAAUAACCGGAACCUGAGUUAUCUCCUCCUGGUCUCCAUCAUCCUCAGCUUCCUCUCUGUCUUCUUGUUUCUGGGUCGUCCCAAUGAUGUGACUUGUAGAUUACGUGAAACCAGUUUUGGAAUCUUCUUCUCAGUAGCCGUCUCUUCACUUCUCGCCAAGACUGUGAUGGUUUGUGUUGCUUUUAAGUCCACCAAGCCUGGAAGCCCUUGGAGAAAAUGGCUCAGUGUGAAACUACCAUAUACCAUAGUGUCAUUGUGUUCAUCCUUUCAAGCUGUAAUCUGUGUUAUCUGGAUGUCUAUUUCUCCUCCAUUCCAGGACCUGGACACUGACUCUUAUCCUGGGAAGAUCAUCAUUCAGUGUAAUGAAGGCUCAGAUAUCUGGUUCUACUCCAUGUUGGGUUAUCUGGGGCUCCUGGCAGCUGUGAGCCUUGUUCUGGCUUUCAUGGUGAGGACAUUACCGGACAGUUUUAAUGAGGCCAAGUACAUCACCUUCAGCAUGCUGGUGUUCUGCAGCGUCUGGAUCUCCAUGAUCCCGGCUUAUCUGAGCACCAGAGGAAAGAACAUGGUGGCUGUGGAGAUAUUUGCAGUAAUGGCUUCCAGUGCUGGACUUUUAGGUUGUGUGUUUUUCCCAAAAUGUUUUAUCAUUUUGUUUAAAUCUGAAAUGAACAGAAAAGCUGACCUGCUGGGGAAAAGAAUGAACUGA